AUGGAUGAUGAGAUUGUCAUCACUCGAACCGGAGGAGGCUACAAACCAUCAUCAUCAGGCAGGCUAGUCUUGAACGGAAAACAGCCAAAACACAAAUCGCCCGCCAAGGACCUAAUAAAAAACAUGGAGCAAGACAAAGCCGUUGGACUUAUUAUCAGUCGCGACAAUGACCAACUCCAGGUUGAGCUUCCUGCGAAUCAUAACUUUAACAUCAUGGCCUUCUUUCGCAUAACUGAUGUUUGGUAUGAGAUGAUUGAUAACAAUCCGGGGUUGAAAGUGAGAUUUGAAAAGGUCGAUCUUUCGUUGAAAAGCUGGUGGGCACCUAAGGGAACGCCGCCGCCGCCCACAGACGCUGAACGGGACUGGGAGAUCAAACCCGACCACUUUGUAUGUCCAAGCUGUCGGAAACAGUCAGAUAUCAUCUUCACAGAUGGUAAAAUCUGCCUGAAUGCAGACUGCAAGCGGUUUUGGUUCCUUGGCAAUGAGCGAGCAAACGGGAAUGUCACUUAUCACCCAAAGUUCCUGAAGAAGCGCACAAAAGCGGCCAGUGUGAAAUGCCCUUUCCCGCUGGUCCCGGAUCUAAUCAAAACCUUGAACAAUGGGCAGGCUACUGGGAGUACCUACCGCGAUAACUGGAAGGGUGUCGUGUGUCCGGUGUGCAGAAAAUGCCUCUCUCGCACUUACUGGAAGGGCUGGAAGUGCGAUGGAGAGGGCUGCACUUGGCAGUAUCUGGCCGACCUGGACCCGGUCUCACUGGGUUCAGUUGUCGGACCGGAGAUGCCAAAUUCCCAGGAGCACCAUGCCGUCGUAGGUGGCAGCUACGGCGACAUGGUUUCAAGGUCGGUGGAUCCGACUUCAACGCCAUACUGUAAGGUCACAUACAGUAUCCCGGGUGUCGGCUCGGUCUUCCAUUACGGCUCCAGGCCCGCUAUCAAUGCGCGACCUGGCGGUCCUAAUGAUCUGUUUGGGGCGUUGCAAACAGAUGAUAUAGACCUGAGACGAUACCCCCUUCAGAGUUCCGUUGUGGCAGGAACUCUGACAGCUCACUUCGCAGUGAAUUAUGGUAUGCCAUAUAAAUACGUUGUGAAGGUGGCGUCGAAGGGCUUCAAUGAGGCCUCAGAUGCUGUCCGCCGCUCUCUUGGGCGCCUUACUUGGGCAACCCAGGACGCGAUCACAAGCGUAGGCGAGUCAUACCACGCUCCGAAUGAGCUGCUUCUUCUGGCCUAUUUUCAGGGCAUGAAAAUAGGGUAUCAUGAUGAUGGCGAAUCAACACUUGGGCCAACUAUUGCUACUUUGUCUCUGGGUGCCGGGUCGGUGAUGAAGAUCCGCAUGAAAGACCAGUACUACAAAGGCGGCCGAACGGAAAACUCUCUCCUUGAUGAUGACCCCGUGCUUCCAGGUUGUUUCAAUGAAGAACAACGGCGCAGAUGGAAGCAGCAGCUGAAUGCCGGGAAAAUCGACCAGGUCCAAUAUGAUAACUUGCGGAAGCAGGCUUUCAAAGUUGGCGGAGGAGAAGCUGCGCCUGCCAUCAUCAUGACACUUUGCCAUGGGGAUCUGGUGGUAAUGGACAGAUCAGCCCUUCAGAAGUACUACGAGCAUUCUGUUAUUCCUCAAGAUAGGCUGCGGUUUGCCUUAACAGCCCGGUUCGUCAAGGACAAUGGUUUCACGGAAGCUGAGCGCCGCAAGGGCCAGUUUACCUUGUCUCCUGCCGAGACUUAUCACGGCGAUUAG